AUCUGAUAGCCAUGAAUGGAGUGUUGGAGACGCGGAUUUGUGAAUUUGAUCCAGACGCUGAAAUUAAUGUCUCUUCUUCAAUUGAGUUUUUUUAUCGGUACCUUUAGCAUAAAUAGAUUACAUUGGUUCAUAUCGUUUAAACGAGACCAUCACGUCCGAUUUAACAGCUUUGUUCAUCUCAGUCGCUCAAGGAAAAUCACGGUCCCGUUUUUCUCAUAUUAAACAUGCCGAGGAUUAACAAGACCUCGCUGAUCCAGAAGAUCGUGAGCCAGGCUUGUCUGACCUUUAAAAACGGCACUUCCUCCGGCUUUGGGGACAAUAAGGUGCUGUUAGACCAGCAAGCAGGUCUGGUCACCCUGCUGUCCGAGAUCAGUGCUGCGGAUCUGAAGAUUGCGCCACCGAAGAAAGUCUCCAUAUCCUCCCAUCAGUCGCCUGCUUUCCCUCCAGUCACAUACAUGCACAUCUGCGAGACUGAUGUAUUCAGCAUGGGAGUGUUUCUGCUUAAGGCAGGGGCUUCCAUACCUCUACAUGACCAUCCUGGGAUGAAUGGCAUGUUGAAGGUCCUAUAUGGCAAAGUCAAUAUAAGGUGUUAUGACAAGUUGGAUAAAGCUGAUGGGGGUGAGAGUGAAAGUGAGGGGCACUUUGAGCCUUUCAAGGGCGAUGAUGUGAGGAGAGCCAUGCUGAGGUCUUCGGGACAGUAUUCUGAGCAGAGUGGCCCUUGUAUCUUGACCCCACUCAAAGACAACCUUCAUGAAAUUGAUGCAGUCGAUGGACCGGCUGCUUUCCUUGAUAUAUUGGCACCACCAUAUGACCCUGAUGAUGGGAGAGACUGUCACUACUACAAAGUUUUACAGACUGCUGAGGAAAAGUCAGAGCAGAAUGAUGAAAAUGAAACGUGGCUUUUAGAGAUACCCCAACCGGAUGAUUUCUGGUGUGGUGGAGAGCUGUAUCCCGGUCCUGAAGUUUCUGUGUAGAAACAUGCACACUGGAAUGGACCUAAUAUAGCCUAUGCCUUCUCAGCUGUGUUAAAAUGUGCUUGAUUUUUUUUUGGGACCACACUACACCCCUACAUGAUUGUAAUGUCCAUUCCACACCAGCAAGAUUAUUUUAUUUUUUUGGACACUUUAUGUGCCUCAUAGGCUGCAUGUACUCAUUAUGGCCUGUCUUGUGAAUAAUGAAAAGCAUGUACUCUUGUAUAAGUGCACACUUCAUAUACUGUAAAUAUACACUGCCUGGCCAAAAAAAAAAAAAAAAAAAAGUCGCCGUUUGGAUUUAAAUAAUGGUUAUGAUCUGGGGUUGCUUCAGUUGGUUGGGUCUAGGCUCAGCAACAUUAUGCUGCAAUAAAAUGAAGCCAGCUGUGUCCCUGAAUGUACCGAAUGACCAGGUUAUCCCAUCAAUGGAUUUUUUCUUCCCUGAUGUCACAGGCAUAUUCCAGGACGAGAAUGCCAAGAUUCAUUGGGCUAAAUUUGUGAAAGAGUGGCUCAGGGAGCAUGAGGAAUCAUUUUCACACAUGAAUUGGCCACCACAGAGUCCUGUUUUUAACCCUGUUGAAAGUCUUUGGGAUGUGCUGGAAAAGACUUUACGGAGUGGUUUGACUCCCAUUGUCAAUACAAGAUUUCGGCCAAAAAUUAAUGCAACUCUGGAUGGAAAUAAAUGUUGUGACGUUGCAUAAGGUUGUCGAAACAAUGCCACGACGAAUGUAUUUCGUAAAUCAAAGCUAAAGGCGGUAUUGACGAUGGUAGAGCCGAACCACUCUGUGAAGUCUUCUCCAGCACAUCCCAAAGACUUUCAAUGGGGUUAAGGUCAGGUCUCUGUGGUGGCUAAUUCAUGUGUGAAAAUGAUUCCUCAUGCUCCCCGAUCCACUCUUUCACAAUUUGAGCCUAUGAAUCUUGCCAUUGUCAUCCUGGAAUAUGCCUGUGCCGUCAGGGAAGAAAAAAAUCCAUUGAUGGGUUAACCUGGUCAUUCAGUACAUUCAGGUAGUCAGCUGACUUCAUUUUAUUGCCACAUAGCGUUGUUGAGCAUAGUCCAGACCAACUGAAGCAACCCCAGAUCAUAACGCUGCCUUAAAUCCAAACGGUAACUUUUUUUGGCCCAGCAGUGUCUUAAAUACAUGUGUUUGAUUUAUUUUAAAACACCAUGUGCACAGACAGUUAUACUUAUGGUACUGUUUAUAAUUUGGGGUUUAAAGUACUAUUAAAAUCUUUGUAAUGCAUUUUUCAUUUUGACUUUGUCAUCUGUGCUACAAGUGACUUUUGCUUUUGGCAACCGGUUGUAUGUUUACAUUAGUUAACAUGAACUUUCAAUGAACAAUACGUUUUCAGCAAUUAUUAGUCUUGGUUAAUGUUACUUUAUACCUAAUAAUAAAUUUUUAAAGAAAUUUUUUUUUUUUUUUUUAAAUGACAUUUUUAAUGCAUUAUGACCUAAGAAUGAAAAAUAGUGCAGUUAUAAAUGAACAUUAACCAAGAUUAAUAAAUGGUUAUGAAAUAGUUCAUUCUUAGUUCAUGAUAGGCUGACGCAUCAGCUAAUGUUAACGUAUUGAGCCUUAUUGAAAGUGUGUUAACUUGCACUUUGUGCACUUCAUAUGCAAAGUGUAUAUAAAGUUAUUCUUAAAUUAUUCACUGCCUGUGCAUUUGUUCAUAAUCUGAUUACUCAUUCAAUUACUUGUCCCCAGUUCUUUAUUUGAAGUUUAAAGUGCAUUAUAAAGCAGCACUUGCUGCUAUACUUUGUCAAAGUAUGCAACAAAGCUCUCAAAGUUUGAUUUCUUAUAAUGAUUUACUUGGCCCAUGUUAGCUGUUUGUUGUUAUACACUGAAUUCAAGAAACAUUCAGUAAUUAAUUGACAGGACAAAAAUGUGAAAUUACUUGUUUUGCUUUGUUUUAUGAUGUUUCUAUUUGUCAGGAAUGGGUGUGUUCUUUUGCCCGGCUGUUAUCUGUCAUAUAGAGUGAAAUCCCUUUUAAAAUCAGACGUUCAAUGUGAAUGUCCAAAGACAUAUCCAGACAUAUUAAUGUCUAAUGUGGUCUCAUGUUUCCCACACAUAGGUAAAUAUAUGUCUGAAACAUAAACGUAGGAGGCAGACUUGUGUUGCAAGCCUAAAGGUAAUAACAGGACAGAUUAUUUGAUAAUUUCAUCACAUUAGACGCCGUCCUUUCCUAUAUUCAGUUUAGACUUAUGUUUAUAGACCUUGCUCUGUCAAUUGAACAGAAAAUAAAUAAAUAAAUCACAACGUAUGCAACUGAUAAAUUUGUCAUUGUGCUGAUUGUUGCGAGUUGCUCAGUAGUAGCAUAUAUAAAGUGGAUAAUAUGCAGUCUGCAGUGCCUCAAAUUUUCAUUUAUGAAUAUAUAGCACCUUUAUUGAAUACAAUGUUAAAAAAAGAGGCCGAUUUUUAUCACUUGCCCACAUUUUAAUUUUGGGUGGUUCAGAAAUUGCUUUCAGUGUUUAGAAAUGCUAUUAAAACUGCAGUGUUUUCUGUCCCAUAAUGUAAAAUAUCUUAUUUUAAUUACAAAGAAACCAUGGCUUUAAAUGUACAUGUCAGACAGUGACAUAGGCUUUUCCAAAGUUUUAAUGCCACCAACAAUAUGGUUUCCUGAUGUAAAUACGGGGUUGUCCCAGCACUAAAUGUGGAGAUUGAUAUGUUCAACCACG